AUGUCCGAAACGAAGACCGAAAUGGCAACAUGGAACGGUCUCCCCGUUGAGCUCAGGGGUCUCAUCCUCGAACACCUUGCCCUCAGCGCUGUGGUCGAGCGACGGUCAAAGGUCUGGCGGGCCAAGGGCAGCCGCCAUGAUAUGGGCAGCUACGCCGUCGUGUGUCGACAGUGGCAGGGCUUCAUCGAAAAAAUAAACUUCAGCUCGCUCGAUAUCAACUCCGCCAAGGAUCUUUCGCGCUUCGACGAGCUCACCCAGGACCCCCGCCGCCGCUCGCUGCUGCGCCGCCUUUCGCUGCGCAUCGAAUUGCCCCGCUACGCCAACAAGUUGGCCAAGAUACCCGAAACGGAUGCCGAACAAAACGCCAAUGAAAUCGCCUUCACCCAGGCUCUCUGGAACCUCUUUGACAUCCUCAGCAAGUGGACGCCCCAGGGUACUUCAGGGAUCGAGUUGGAGUUGAGUGCCGCAUCGCCCAGCGACAAGAACAAGUACUUUGGAGAGACGGGGUUGGAUCAGGACGGCAACUCGCGUUUUUUUGAUCACGAUCUCGACUUUUCCUUCAUCACCGCCGGCUGUGAGCAGAUUGGCCGCCAUGGCCUGCCUGAGGUCUCUGUUGUUUCCAGUUGUCAAGUUCUACGGCGAAAUCACCGUAACUUCUCGUCUCGAUCUCUACUCACCAUAUUCUCGAGUUUGCCUCAACUACGGGAGGUCCGUUAUGAGCCAUGGCACCAAGUUGACAUGGAGGCGCAGUUGGAGGUCGACUCAGAUCAUGCCCGAACUCUGCCUUUCUGGCCAUCUUACAUAAAACGAAUCAGCAUUUUUGAGCAUUUUGACGCCUUUAACGACGGUGUAGGUAGUGAGUGGGAGGAUGCAGAGUCUGACGAGGACGAAGCGGGGGCCAACGGCGAAGAGAGCAAUGCCGUGAACGACCCCCAAGACAUUCAAGACGUCCCAAGAACAGCAUGCCCUAGCCUGGGGCAAAAUCUAGGCUGGCUGAGCUUGCAAGCAGAAGAGAUGGCCGUCUCAAACGUGGCUGACACUUUUGAUUUCUUCGGCGGCAUCUUCGCACGCAAAGCGGUCCCAUACACGCCGCCUACCUGGACAAACUUACGCAGGCUUACCUUGACAUCGCACACGAUGAUAUCCGGCGUCGAUUCGGAGAACAUUAACAGUGUUCUCCAUCUGACGGGCAGCGCUGCAAAGCACAUGCCUGCGCUAGAGAUGCUAGAGCUGUACAAGGUGGACCAGUUUGGUGCCGCUGUCUUCCGUUACAGCGUCGAUACAAUGUCCACAACGGCGAGCUGGGAGAGCACAUGGGAAUUCCGCUUGGAACAGCGUGUUAAGAACAUCUGGGGCGAUGUGGCUCGUAAAAACACCGCCCACGAGCUUGUUUUCCUUCCGGAGAUUUUGUUGGGCGAGUAUAGGGGGCCAUUCGUCUUCAUCAGCGAAAAUCUCAAGUCAAAGGACCUGGUCUUGCAUCCAGUAUCGCUGGAAGACAUGCUAUCAAAAAAGAUGGAUAAGUGCAAGGCCUGCAACGGGUUCUGCGCACAUCCAAAGACGGGCAAGGAGGAGGAUUGGCAGCCGUGGGUUACAUUUGGAGAUCAAAGUACGGAGGCGGAUGCGUGA